AUGUCCCGCGCCCAGUCCCUACCUGGCGUAAGCGGCUCAGGGCACAUCCUCUAUACUCCACAGCUGCGUCCUUCGAGCCCGUCCGGGUCUCCUAGUCGUGUUCGAGUCGCUCGUAAGCCUGUCGACGAAGCUUUCCCGACCUCUCCUGUUCGCUCUUCCGUCUUGGACCACGAUCGGACUUUGCCAGAACGGAGCCUAUCCCCCGUUCUCGGUAGUGUUCCAUCAUCCUCAGCGCCUUCGAUGGCCAGUGCUGCCAGCCGAUAUCGGCGGCCCUCCUCGCCACUCCGUUACAAUGGGCAUUCGGCCACUACCGCUGUGCCCAUGCUUCCAUCCACGCCGUCAUCCUCCUCUUCCUCCCCCUUAGGUCGGGCCUACGAGAUCUCGCAUAAUAGCUACAGCACGCUCACGCCAUUUCCAUCUUCGUCCGUCCCUUCUACACCCACGUCCACUCGAUCGAGGAGCCCCAGCAUCUCGAGCCUAGAGACAAUUCCCGACUCGCCAGACGCUGAGGAAGCCGCCAUGGAAGCGGAGAGGAUUGCACAGCUGAAAGCUGAUGCUGAAGCUGCCGAAGAAGGCUCUGACACGGCCGAUGGCAAGGGGCGGAGCAGUCUUGAUGUUCCAACUCGUGGUAGGACGCUUGGUUUUGGAUCUCGUGACAAGAGGAAGCGCUGGAGCAUCAUCUCUUCGAACUCUCUUCUCUUGCUCUUUAAGCCCCUUGAUACAACCCCCCUUAGACUGCUUGACUCAACGGCCUUCACACAACAGCUGCCCUUCACCAUGCGUUUCGCAGUCCUGCUCGGCGCAACUACAGCCCUGCUGGCAGAGGCAGGAGGUGCCCUACAAUCAGCAGAACACGACAAAGGCCAGCGUCUAGGCUCCUUAGAUCAUAAUGGCCACCAGGGACGUGUCGGCAGGUGGGCUGCCGCCCUGCAUUCUCGACAUCUGCAAGGGCAGGCUGAUCACAACUACAAUGGCACCAAUUCGACAGCUUCGGUAACGGAACCCACGCAUGUCGUGCCGCCACCAGGGCCAGCCUACAAUGUUCCUUCGGUUCUUGAAAAGGACCCCAAUGUGACUGACUGCCCGGGUCAUGUCCUCGUUUCCACGACCACGCUGGAAGUCACUCAGUAUAUCACCGAAGGUGGUCCAGAAUACGCCAACACGAACACCCUGGGCUACGAGGAUCAUGCUUCGCAGACGAAAGUCGAGAACAAGACGCAGUAUCCUUAUCCAGAGCACACUGCACCUACAGUCCCUCCGUAUCAGCCACACAACGUCUCAACGACAACCACCACGUCACUGAAAUAUGACUAUGCCCCCUAUCCCGGAAACACCACCACCACAACUUUCUCUUCGAACAAUGCCACAUAUGUGCCUACGGCUACAGAAAAGACAGGCUUUGAACAUGCGAGUAAUUAUCCUUAUCCGGCGAAUAACACUCGUCCAUCCUCGAUGUACCACCUUGCCAACAUCUCGACCGCCACCACGGACCGCCAGUAUGAAACCGGUGAUAUCUACACAGAGCCUACCACUCUAGUUUCGCCACCUUAUCCAGCAGCCAAUAUCUCAACGACACGUCAAUCGACUCAUGAGUAUGGAACAGGUGCUCCCCAUUCGUACCCCGAAACUACGGGACACCCCAUCACCUUCUAUCACCCAGCCAAUGUCUCCACGACCCAGUCCUACAGCUCGAAGCCCUCCACGUCUCGCACUCCUGACGAGUAUGCCUCCAACGAGUACGCCCCCCAGGAGUAUGCUGCCAACGAGUAUGCUGCCAACGAGUACGCCCCUAACAAAUAUACUGAGCACGAUCCCCGCCCGCCCGUGUCAACGCUGAACGUGCAUCCCUCCUCCUCCUCCUCCUCCGCACGUAUCUACAGCAACUACUCGAGUAUUGUUUCUACGACAGAUUCCUCUGGAAUUGUGACGACGAGCGAAUCCACGAUGACGAGUAUGUCUUCUAGCACCGUCUUAACAUCCGAAACCGAAGUCACCGCAAGCCCAUACGAGACACUUCCGGCCUAUGGAGCGGGCUACAAUGUGGCUGGCUACGAGGAUACGUACGACGACGCCACGACAAGCGAAUCCCAGAGGUUCCCCGAAUCUUCAAAAGCCACCAGCGAACCAGAGACACUGAAACCAAGCUCCGCGUACAACCUCCCAUAUGGCCAGUCUACCGAAGUUGUGACCCUUAGCGAAUCGACUGUGCGCCUUGAGUCGUCUGACCACGUCCACCUCAGCGAGACGCAGUCAACAGUCAGCCCCUCGGAUCAAGCUUAUGCUAGCCAGUCCUCCGCAUCAAUGUCUUCCGAGUCCCACGUGGCGUCUGGAUCUUCUACGCAGCCCUACAGCGCCACCAAUUAUUUCUCGACCUAUGCUGUAACGGAGCCGCUGCCAUCCAGCACGAGCGGCUGUGUCAUCGACACAUCAAUUGCCCCUAUCAGCGUGGCGAGCUUGACUUCGCAACCAGCGGUUGUUGAGACCCCUACCAAGACUGUUUCCGAAGGGAGUGUCCCCACCGGCAAGCCGGAGACUGGUAGCUUGCAUUGCGGUGUUCACGGCAAGCCCGUCGGCAACUACUUCCUCGCUCGCUUUGUUGAGAACUCACCGGGCGUGCCGGUCACGCUCGAGGGCUGCUACCAGUUUUGCGAUAGCGUCAUGGAUGCCACCGACGGUUGCGAGUCUUACCGCUUCUAUCCGGAGCGUGAUCUCAACGUUGCCCGAUGCGACCUGUACGGUAGCAGCGUUGCCUACGCUCUCGAUUCCGUCGACGACUACUACCCCGACAUCUGGUUCGACAUUGAGUGCGGCUCCCCCAGGUCCAGCCGGUGGGCUCAUCUCCCUGGUAUUGAGAGGCUUGAGUCGCUCGGCCUUGAGUAG